AUGAGAAAUAUUUCAGUCUGUACACCACCGGAAAAAUUCCAGUCAGUACACCAUAGGAAACAUUCUAGUCCGUACAACACAGGAAACAUUCCAGUCAGUACGCCAUAUAAAACACUCCAGACAGUACACCACAGAAAACAUUCCAGUCAGUACACCACAGAAAACAUUCCAGUCAGUACACCACAGGAAGCAUUCCAGCCACCAGUACACCACAGGAAGCAUUCCAGCCAGUACACCAUAGGAAAAAUUCCAGCCAGUACACCACAGGAACCAAUCCAGCCAGUACACUACUGGAAACAUUCCAGCAAGUACACCAUAGAAAACAUUCCAGCCAAUACACCACAGGAAGCGUUCCAACCAGUACACCAUAGGAAACAUUCCAGACAGUACACCAAAGGAAACAUUCCAGUCAGUACACUACAGGAAAAAUUCCAGCCAGUACACACAGGAAACCUUUCAGCCAGUACAUCAUGGGAAACAUUCCAGCCAGUACAAUACAGGAAACAUUCCAGCCAGUACACCACAGGAAGCAUUCCAGCCAGUUCACCAUACGAAACAUUCCAGACAGUACACCACAGGAAACAUUCCAGUCAGUACACUACAGGAAAUAUUCCAGCCGGUACACACAGGAAAUAUUCCAUUCAGUACACCAUAGGAAAUAUUCCAGUCAGUACACAACAGGAAACAUUUCAGCCAGUACACCACUGGAAAAAUUUCAGCCAGUACACCAUAGGAAACAUUCCAGCCAAUACACUACAGGAAAUAUUCCAGCCGGUACACACAGGAAAUAUUCCACCAGUUCACCAUAGGAAACAUUCCAGCCAGUACACCACAGGAAACAUUCCAGCCAGUACACCACAGGAAACAUUCCAGUCAGUACGCCAUAGGAAACAUUCCAGUCAGUACACUACAGGAAGCAUUCCCCCAGUACACCAUAGGAAACAUUCCAGCCAGUACAAUACAGAAAACAUUCCAGCCAGUACACCACAUGAAACAUUCCAGCUAGUACACCACAGAAAACAUUCCAGCCAGUACACCGCAGGAAACAUUCUAGCCAGUACACCAUAG